AUGGAAAUGCGUAUACAAAUCCCGCUGGGAAAGCUGCAAGCUGUCCGGUUGAUCAGCAAACGAGAAUUGACAAAUAUCGACAGGUAUCUCGACACAAAUCAGAAGAAACGAGUUGCCAAAUUUUUCCGCGACGAAGCCGCCAAGAGGACCAAGUACCUGGCCAAGCCGAACUGGACAUUACCUGAAACACUCCAGGUGGUGAACAAAGACGGUUACAGAGCACCUUCCCCGGAAAUCCUAUCCGACGAUUGGGAACCCAUGUUAUAUGUAAGCAUAGUAUGUAGUAUAUAG